CUAACCUGACGGUGCAUGACGUGGACGACGUCAUCGAGGUCGUCAUACACGCCACCGCCAAGGACGUGGAGGACGACCUGCCGCUUUCGCCGCCUCCCGUGUACGACGACGUCUUCAGGGGCGGCGACGAGGACCAGGUGGCGGUCAUCAGCCCCAAGGGUCACGUCUGCUUCGUCGACCACAACCUCCUGCCCCCGUCCGUCUGUUGCCACGGCGCCCGGGAGGACUGCGUCCGGCCCGGCGGGCAUUCGCCGCGUUUGUGUCACGUGACCGCGACGAAGGAUCACGCCGGUGACAACUGUCACAGUGUUUGUCCCAGUCCUAUCAGAAGUCCACGAUUGGCCCGUCUGAAAGAAUCCGACGAUGACCGUUCUAGACCCGGGUCGAGCAGAAGCUUGCGUUUGUGUCACGUUAAGGCAACCGAAGAUCGAGGCGUAGACAACUGUCACACUUCAGUUCCCAGGAAUUCAGGAAGAAGCUCACGCCCGCGUCACGUCAAGGAGAAUGA